GUGAAGAGAGUUUUUAUUUGUAAUCAAAAAGUGAAUGUUCUUAUUUUGGAUUGACGAUGAUAUCUAAUAUUUGAACAGUCUUUUCACAGAAUUUCCAAACGAAAUACAUUUUCUGAUCAUAUAGUAAGCGUUCUUUAAGUAUUUGUUUGGAAAAGAUAUUUGAAAACAGAGCAAUGGCGGGUUUAUUGGCUACUUUAGGAGGUAAUCCUUUGAAUACUCCAGUUGGACAAAAAAUAGAACAAGCUACGGAUGGAGCUCUCCCUUCAGAAAACUGGGCUUUAAAUAUGGAGAUUUGUGAUAUGAUAAACGAUACAGAUGAAGGACCAAAAGAUGCUGUGAAAGCCAUUAGGAAAAGAUUGCAACAAAACACUGGAAAAAAUUACACUGUAGUUUUGUAUACACUGACAGUGUUAGAGACUUGUGUCAAAAAUUGCAAAAGAAGAUUUCAUUUGCUUGUCAUGCAGAAAGACUUUAUUCUUGAGUUAGUGAAAUUAAUUGGACCUAAGAAUGACCCACCAACCGCUGUGCAAGAGAAAGUUCUAAGUUUAAUUCAAAGCUGGGCUGAUGCAUUUCAAGGAAAUCCUGAGAUGCAAGGAGUUGUUCAAGUUUAUCAUGAUUUAAAACAAAAAGGCAUUGAAUUUCCUAUGACAGAUUUAGAUGCAAUGGCACCCAUUCAUACCCCACAAAGAAGUGUUUUGCCUAGUUCAUCUCCACCAAAAGUUGUAUCAGAUCAGACUGGGCAUGGAGCUCAAUCUUUGCAUUCCAAUCCCAAUCAAAUGCCUGAUGUUUUACCACCCCAAGCAGUUCCUAUUAAUUUGAGCCCUGAACAAUUAGCAAAACUACGCAGCGAAUUAGAUAUUGUGCAAGGAAAUAUGAAAGUAUUUGGAGAGAUGUUAGCAGAAUUAACACCUGGCAAAGAACACCCUGAAGAUUUAGAAUUACUGCAGGAAUUGCAAAAGACUUGUUAUGCUAUGCAAAAUAGAAUUGUUGAUCUUAUUGAUAGAAUAGGCGUUGAAGAAGUUACAAAUGAUUUACUGCGGAUCAAUGAUGAACUAAAUAACUUAUUUUUGAGAUAUGAUCGAUAUGAAAAAAAACGAACUGCAUUGACAACAUCCAUAGAAAAUAAAGCUCAAACACCACUCUCUGAGAAUCCUUUAGACAAACCAUUAAUAGAUUUUGGAGAAUCAGGAGAAGAAGGUGACCAAGCUGCAGCAAAAUUGGCUAACCUAAAUUUACAAGAUCUUCCUGGUCCAGAUCCAAAAAACCAGAAUGUCUCUAAGAAUUCUUCUGUAGCUGAUGAAUUUGACAUGUUUGCACAUUCAAGGAAUACAACAUUUGGUGCCAGUAGAACUAGAGGAAGCAGUUAUGAAGACAAUACAAACCUAGAUCAAAUUGAAGGUGGCCUGGCUUCAUUUACAGCAAAUAAAGGAAGACCACUGGAGGCUGGAGAUGCAAGAUCAGAUACAAAAGCCAACUGUGAUCCUAAUAAAUUUCCCAAUGGUAAAAAUUCUGCUGUAUCUGGAGAUAGAUUACCAAAUCUUCCAAAUGUACCAGGAACAAACCCACAAUCUGCGAACAAUCGUCGACAAAUGGAUAAAGAUGAUGGUGAUAGUGCCCUUUUUGCAUUAUAAAUUUACAAAACCUGAAACAAAACUGAAUUAAUUUGCAUAUUAAUGUACAGCACUGUUUUUGUAUAUUUUAUGCUUAAUUUUUUUGUAUGAGUGUGAAUUGUAUGCAUGAAGAUUGUACAUGAUAUUUUGUAAUUUUAUUUUGAAAAUUACUGGCUAUGCUUUGGCAUUUUAUGAUGUUCUCAGUUAAGUCGAACAAUACUUGCUAAAAAUUGUAUUAUAUGCAUAUUUUUCUCAGUUGUGAUUUUUACAUUAAAAUGAAAUAUACUUAGGGAUUUUAUUUUGUUCAUGAUAUGCAUUCCAAACCAUUGUUUAAAAAUUUAUUGUAUUUAAAAUUUUAUUGUAUAUUAAAGUUAGAGUAUUUCAAAUUCUAAUAAAGUUAUUUUGAAAGAUUAAUUAUCUCUUGUUCUGUCAUGAUAAUUUUUUUUUUUUUUUAAUUAAGAAAAAAAAAAUCAUUCUUUUUUUUUUCUUUGGUUUUUAAGUUUUUUCCCUCAUAAAAUUUAUAUAGAAUGACAAAUUAAUUGAAUGUGCCAUGCUAAAAAUUUCCUAUUUUAUGCUUGUUAGUUAGUUUUUUUUUUUUCCUUAUCGAAUUUUAUAAGUUGUGAUGGAGGAAGAUUUUGUGUGGCAAUAUCGUGUUUAAUUUAAAUGUGUUUCGACAUCUGGAAUGAAAUAUUUUUAACAAUAAUCAGAAUGUUUUUUAUAAACUUCAAAUUAUGGAUUUAUGUUUUUGCCAAAAGCAUCUAGGGCGAAAAAAACACACACCUCUUCAGGUAAUAAAUCAUUCUGGACAUACAUGAGAAGCACAUCAAUCAAAGUGAAAUAUUUACCAGGAGAUCAACUGUCCUGAGAUUUUGCACCUGUAUUUUUCUGCCCUGAACUAAUAUUUGAAGUUCUGCUUAUUUCAUUCUGAAAUAUUUUUAUUUUAUUUUUAUCUUUAUGAAUUAGUUUGCAUAAAAUGUUUAUUUUCUUUUUUCCAAAAACAAUGUUAAGUUUAUUCUAUCUCCCCUUAGAAAUGCUAAAUAUUAUUCAUUGCUUAAACUAACAUUAAGGGGAAAGAGUCAGUACUUAUUCAAGAGUCAAUUGUUCAUAAUCUGUGUUUUCAAUACAAAUAAAGUUUGGAUGAAGAUGAAAAGUUAGAAAGAGGUUAGAUGAAUAAGCAAUUGAAUGUAAUGCCAACAUUGAAGUUUAAAAUGAAUGUAUAUUAAAUUAAUAGAUUAUGAACAGCAUCGUCUAUUCUAAGAGUAUAAAAAAAUUAUGAAAUUGCACUGUUUUAUAGAAAUUUCCCAUUCGUAAGUUACUGACUCUCUUACUAUAGAAAAGUUUUUGUUUUAAGAAACGUGAGAGUUCAUUUCCUGAAUAUUUUACUGAAAGGUAAUAUAUAAUGGAAUGGUUCCAAUUUUUAAUAAUAUUUAUUAUUGAAUAACUAUGUUCUUCGAAAUUAUUCAAAAGAAUUCCAGUUAAAGGCAUUGUUGUCAACAAAUUGGUUUCUAUCCAGUGAUUUGUUUGCUACUAUAAAUUAUUUUGGGUAAAAAAAAGAAAUUUCCUCUUUGAUAGAAAGAUAUACUCUUGAAAAUGAACGUAUCACUAAUAUUUCAUCAUUAGAAAAUUGAUAUAUAUUUUAUGUAUUUUCAUCAAUAGGAAUUUCUUCCUGUAAAAAUCUAUAUUGUAUAUUAAUUAAUUUUCUAGUCAUUAAGUAUUUUAUUGUUUGAUAAUUUGAUUUAUUUUUAAAUAGUGUUGUUAUAUAUAUAUUUUAAUUAGAGGGAAAAAGAACUGAGAACUUGUUGGUAGUGAUGACUUGCAAUUUUCAUUGUAUUUUGCAAGCUAUUUCAUGUGUUUAGUCCUGUUAUAAUUCAGUAUUGCACACAUUUAUAUCAAUAUGUUAUUUGAUUUUGGGGUAAAUUUUUGUUAGUUGUUGCACCAUUUUAUUUUUUCAUUCAUUUUAAAUUUGAGUUUGUUGUUUUCAAAAGAAAAAAAAAAAAAAUUCUUAGUCUGUCCAUACUAAUAAAUUUGCUAUAUUUAUGAAUGAUUUUAAAUAUUUAAAAUGCUGUUUCAAACUUUCUAAAUGCUGUGUGUCAUUUUCCAAUUGAAUGUUUAAUCCUCAAAACAUUGUGAAGAUGUAAACAAAAGUAGAACAUCCUGUGAAAAGGCAAAGACUCAAGGUGGUAAAGUUUAUUAUAUUCAUUCAAUGAAAUAGUAGAUAGUAUUCUUUUCCCAUUCCUUUUACCCCUAGCAUUCAGAUGCAUUUUCCAUAUUUAUUAAUAACAAUCUUAAAAGAGAUAAAUACUUACCACUUUCUGGAACACAAUUGAUAAUGGAUUCUAUAAAAAAGAAAUCAGUGAAAAAAAUUCAGAAUUUUUAAAAGUUACUUUAGCAUACUAUAGCUCGGCAGCAGCUGUUGUGAAAAGAAAAUUUUUGAUUAAAAUGUGACUUUUUUUUUCUUUCCCCAAGGUAGCAGCUUUUGAGUGUUUACAAAUGCAUCAUGUACAUUCUCUUUUUGACAUGAAGUUGAUUUGGAUUCCUUGGUGUAACAAUCUAAGAUUACAGUUGCUACAUAUGCUUCCGAAUUAAUGAGGAAAAAAGUGUGUUAAAUUUUAUAAUUAUUAAAUGUGAAAUAAGAUUAUUUUUAGCAAUCAACAAGUAUUUUGCUCAUCUGCAUGCAAAAUUUUGAAAGGAAAAGUAAUCCCCCCCCCAACCCAACCUUGAAAUACUAUCAGCAGCUUAUAGCAAUUUUUUUGAUUAGUUAAACAAAAACAAUGCUUUUAAACAAGUAAAUAACAUUUUAAACUUGUAAAAAAUAAUAUUUGGUUACGAAUGAGUUAAUAUUUAUAAAUUUGUAACGCCAUAGUUACAAAAUUUCAUUAUUGUUGGAAAAAAUGAUGUUUGGUGGCAGUGACUUACUUUGGUGAUUUGAUCGCAUAUUUAUGUCUUGAUUCCUUUGAAGGUGUCUUGCAGACAAGAAUAUUGCUGUUCUCCACAUACUUUUCAAUUUAACGUGGUUUGGAAUUGAAUGUUUUUGCUGUUUUUGUUUCUAUCAAUUAGCAUAGUUUAAGAUUGCAUGAUCUAUUAAACUCAAAAAGUAAAAAUUAUUUUAAUUGAAACAUUGCGAGAUUGUUUUUAAAAGAAACAUAAAUUAAAAUUUGAUAUUUAUUUAAAUUAAAUAUAGAUUUAAUUUGAUGUAAUUAUACCAUGUCAUAAUUUAUGGUUUACUUUUCAAAAAUUUAUAUAUGUAGUAUUACAUGUAAUCGGCACAUACCUUGUUAAUUUGGUCAAUGUUUUAGAACUGUUGAUUUUGUCUAUUGAAAGCAUUGUGUUUAGUACUGAUUAUAAGAAAUUUAUGAGUAUUGGAAUAUUGCAUUUUCUGCUAAAAGAGGUUACAUUACUUUUCAGCAUAUUGCAAAAUUUGAAGUAAUUCAUUUAUUUUUUCACUGUUGCAGCAUGAGCAAAAUACAGUUUUUGCACCAUAAAACAUGAAGCGAAAUGUUUUACUUAAUCAACUAUCAAUAUUUACUAAACAAUUUUUGACAGGAGAUAAACUAUCAAGCAAAGGACAAUUUUUUCAGUAAAGUUUAAACCCUUAUUGCUGGAGAGGUAAUUCUUGGUCAUCAAUUAUUUUGUUGCAGCAAAUAAAUGAAAAUGUUUUGAAGGGCAGAAUUCAACUGUUUCUUUUUAAUAAAAUCCUAUUCAGAUAAAAUUUUCAGUUAUUCAACAUUUUUUAGAAAAUAAUUUGCAUGGCUUCUUAAACUUCUGAGUAAAGCAAAUAUCCUAACUAUAUAUUUACAUGGAGAGAAUUAUUUGAUACAUUUUUAAAAAAAGAAAUGUUGAAAUCAAAAUUUAGAUGUUACGAUUAUGGAGAUUGUAAAUCCACCACAAUACUCAGUCUACUUCCAAUCCUAACAAUGCUGGGGGAGGGGAUCUGAAUCCCCAGUUUAAGAAGCACCUACUUGUUUUCCCGUCCUUAAAAAGUUCUAAUAUUUGUGGUGUUAUUAGUUUUAUUAUUUUUUUAAUGUGAUUCCCAGAAUAACAAGUGGUUUACUUCUGUAGCACUAUAGCGGAAUGUACAGAUGUGCGGGAAAAAAAGUGUUUAUGGAUUUAAAAAAUUCAUGUAUUCAUAUCAGAUAUCCUUUCUAUUCUGAUUUUUUUUUUUUUUUGGCCAAUAUUUACUUAACGCUCAUCACACAAAACUAUCCAACUAUGAGCUUUGCCCUGUGGUUUGAAUUAAAUUUAGUUGUCAAAGUGAUUGUAAAUAUAAAUGUUGUAUUUCAGAAUUAAAAAAUAAAGAUUGAUAUAAGCCA